AUGGGAUUAGGUAGAUUGAUCAAGCAAUUAUAUGGCCAACCCUUGCAUUACCUCCACAACAUUCUCCUAAAACAGUGGGACCAACUGAGAUUUGGAAGUGAGGAUAAAGACACGCCUCUGGAUAUCAUUGUUCAUCCUUGUAAAGCUGAAGCAACCAUCUGGCUGAUUGAAGAAACCCAUCGGCACAACACAUCUUUCCAUCACAUAGCUAAACUCUGGCGGUCAGAUCCAAUGCAUGAUGCUUUUGUUGAUCCCAUCUUCCCUGAGUUGUGAUGUUUCAUGUGUUCACUUCUAACUCUAUUUGCUGAUUCUGUGUAAUGUUUCUUACAACUCAAUAAAACCUUGACGCUGCU